GCGCCGAGGCGCCAGAAGCCUGCGUCGCCGAGCGCGAGGAGGAGGCCUUCGUUGCGGGAGACCGCGGGGAGGCGCCGGCGCCCGGCGAGAUGUGGGGGGGGUGGCCGCCCGCGCCGCCGCCGCGCCUUCCCCGGGGCAGAGCCCGGCCCCCGGGCAACGCGGCGCCCUGCCCUCUGCUGGGGGCGCCGGAGCCGGGGGAGGCGCGCGGGGCGGCCGUGGAGGGGGCCCCGCGGUGGGGGCGCGGCCCGAGCGCCGAGGAGGCUGCCGCCCGCGACCUGCAGCGCCGGCGCUUCCGGCAGCUCGGCUUCCCGGGGGCCGCGGGGCCCCGCGAGGUGUGCGGCCGCCUGCGGGAGCUGUGCGGCGCGUGGCUGCGGCCCGAGCGGAGCACGAAAGCGCAGAUGCUGGACCUGGUGGUCCUGGAGCAGUUCCUAGCCGUCCUGCCCGCGGAGACGGAGAGCUGGGUCCGGGCGCGCGGGCCGGGGAGCACGGCGCGGGCGGUGGCCCUGGCGGAAGAGUUCCUCCAGGCCCGGGAGGAGGAGGAGGAGGACCAGCGGUGGGAAGAGCAGAAGAACACCCGACAGGGACCAGGAGCGUCGGUUUGUGUGAACCCCGAGGCAGGCAAGGGCCCAUCCAGCACCACGCAGAAUCCGCUGCUCAAAGGCGUUGUGCAGGAGGGCGGUGGAGGUGCCAUCGCAGUAGGAAAUGGGAUGAUGCUCAGAGUGCCAUGCCGGCCAUCUCCACUUUAUGUGGGAAUGGAAACCUCAUCUGAGCAGCCAGAGCAGGAUCUAGUAACCUUCGAGGAGAUGGCCGUGCAUUUCACAGCAUUUCACGGGGGAGGAGGCGUGUGCUCGGUGGGAGCCCUGCGGGAGUGUCUAUCACCGGGACAGCAGGCAGACCUGUGGCACUGUCGGAAUUUUGCCUCCUUGGGGCUUGCAGUCCCCAGAUCUGAUCUCAUCUCUGGACAGGAAGAUCCAUUUGCGGUGGGCUCUGACGAAGGAGAAGACUCACCCUGUGAUGCGAGGAAGGACAGUAAGCAAAGCAUUCAAGAGAGAGUGACAAUCGGAGAUAAGCAGAAAUGGGGAGAUAAACCAAUCGCUUUGGAAGGGUCUGACUUCUGUGCGCUCCCGCUGCUAAAAGAACUUUGUGAAGGAAGCGAAAGGGAUACUUGCAACAUGGAGGCAAUGUUUAAAUGCUCUGAGUGUGGUAAGAGCUUUAGUUGUCACUUGCACCUUAUUAAGCAUCAGAGAAUACAUGUGGGAGAGAAAACACACACAUUCUUAGAGUGUGGGAAGGAAUUCAGUUGCAGCUCAGACUUUACCUUUCACCAAAGAUCCCACACAAGCCAGAAGCCCCACAAAUGUUCUGAGUGUGGAAAGUGUUUCCGUCACAACAUAAGCCUGAAAUGGCACAUGAGUAUUCACGCUGGGGGGAAGUUCUAUACGUGCUCCACCUGUGGAAAGGAUUUCAGCGAUUGCCGGAACCUGAAAAGGCACGAAAGGAUCCACGCGGGGGAAAAGCCCUACAAAUGUCCCGAGUGUGGAAAGGGUUUCAGUCGCAGCCCAGAACUUAAGUCCCAUCAAAGAAUGCACACAGGGGAGAAGCCCUACAAAUGUGCAGAGUGUGGAAAGGGCUUCAGCCAGAGCUCAAAUCUGAAUAAGCAUCAAAGAAUCCACACAGGGCUAAAGCCAUAUACAUGCCCAGCAUGUGGAAAGAGCUUCAGUCAUAGCACACACCUUAAAAGACAUCAGAGAACCCACACCGGGGAGAAGCCCUAUCCAUGCCCUGAGUGUGGAAAGAGCUUCAGUCAAAGAAUAAUCCUUAAAUCACAUCAAAGAAUCCACACAGGGGAGAAGCUGGAUAAAUGCUCCAUAUGCGGAAAGGCGUUCAGCAACAGCGGCAACCUCAAAAUACAUCAAAAAAUACAUACGGGGGAGAAACCCUUUAAAUGUUCUGAGUGUGGAAAGAGCUUCAGUCAACGCAUCAUCCUGAAAUCCCAUCAAAGGAUCCAUACCGGGGAGAAACCUUAUAAAUGUUCCACAUGUGGAAAAAACUUCAGUGAUAGCAGGAGCCUGAAAGUACAUCGGAGAAUCCACACCCAGGAGAAACCCUACACCUGCUCGGAGUGUGGAAAGAGCUUCAGCGAUAGCAGGAGCCUUAAAGUACAUAAGAGAAUUCACACCCAGGAGAAGCCCUACACCUGCUCGGAGUGUGGAAAGCAUUUCAGCGACACCAGGAUCCUGAAGGUGCACCAAAGGAUCCACACAGGAGAAAAACCCUAUACCUGCACUGAGUGUGGGAAAAGCUUCAACCAGAGCCCCCACCUGAAAAGGCACCAGAGAACCCACACGCAUGAGAAGCCCUACAGGUGCCCUGAGUGUGGGAAAAGCUUCAACCAGAGCACGCACCUUAACUCACACCAAAGAAUCCACAUCCGCGGGAAACCAUAUAAAUGUUCCGACUGUGGCAUGGGCUUCCAUCAGAACAGGCACCUCGAGUCACACCGCAGACGAAUGCAUAGAGCGGAAGACCCCAUAAAUGCAGAUACUGACUCUUAACGAGGUAAAAUCUCCCAGUGAAGUCCAGCCUUUCAUUAUUAAUGAUGUCAACCCAGGGGAAAGUAUAUAAAUACCGUGUUUCCCCAAAAAUAAGACUGGGUCUUAUAUUAAUUUUUGCUCCAAAAGACGCGUCGGGGCUUAUUUUCAGGCGAUGUCUUAUUUUUGCUUCCAAGAGCCAUGAGAUUCUUGCCCCUAGAAGCCUCCACAAUCCCUUUCUUGUCCUCGACAGAAUCACUUGUUCUUUUUGCACUCAUCUCGUCCUGGGGUCAAAAUAUGAUUCCCUUUAAAUCUACCAUUAGAUCAGGUGUUCAUUGAAGCCUUAUGAGGCAGGAGUGGCAACACACAAGUGCAUGAAGCAGGUCCAUCACAACACACAACGUAUCAAAUUAUGAAACACGCCCGUUCGUGACGAAGUGCGCACAUUAUCCGUGUGUCUGUCUUCUGAUUGGUCAUUUGGCAAUGGGUCUUGCGUUCAUCUGUUUCCAUAGGCGUUCACCUCGCGUCCAGUGGCACCCACGUGGGUAUUUGCAAAUACUUGAUUGAUCAAUGUAUAUUAAUUAUUUUAAGCAUUAAUAUCAAUAUUAUUUAUUCAUAUUUAUUUCUAUAUUAAUAUUUCAUAAUUAAAUACAUCUGUCAUGUGUUGCAAUGGA